AUGGAAACUGUAUCACAACUCUCUAUCAUAUUUACAUUGCUCGUCACAACGUUCAUCGCUUCUCCUAUUUCCGGACGUGACAUCGUCGUCAACCGAUUCGACGAUUACGUCGCCGACCCACCGGAAGGCGAUAUAUUCGUCGAUCCACCGCAAGCCGAGUACGACGAGAAACUACUGACCCAUUUUCCGACCGGAUACAAGGAGUUUCUCGAAAACUGUUCGAGUAAGAUGAGCACAAAAUGCGGAACACAGCUGUUCAAAGUCAUGUUCGAAGACACCGAAGUGACGAGAGAGUGUUGCGUGAGUCUCUUGCGGAUGGGCCGUACAUGCCACGUUGCAUUGGUCGACACUGUUUUUAGGACAUAUGAAUAUAAGGAUGACGCCGAUGUCGGUUUUCCGAGAAGCAGAGUGGCUUGGAACGUUUGCGCUAGAGAUUAUGGUGAGGAGAUUGGCGCUCCGGUUCCUCUCGAGCAUUUAAAUGUUACGUAA